UCGCGGUACCGGCAUUGUGUCGGCGCCAUCCCCAAACACCUGCUUACCAUGGCCGGUAUCGAGGACUGCUACACCUCGGCCCGAGGCAGCACCAGCACGCUCGGCAACUUCGCCAAGGCGACGUACGCUGCGAUCGCCAAGACGUACGGCUACCUGACUCCGGACCUGUGGAAGGAGAACGUGUUCACCAUGUCUCCGAUCCAGGAGUUCACCGACUACCUGAUGAAGAACCACCGCCAGGUGCAGACCCAGCAGCGGGAGGAGGGCCAGUGAGCUGACCCGGUCCGACCCCGCUGAGAGGUCAGUGAGGUGUCGCCGCCGGUGGCCGGUCAGACGGCCGGCUGGACGGGCGCUGAGCUGACCUCCCCGGUGAGGUGAGCCCUCAGAGGGUCACUGAGCCGGGCCGGAGGUCGGUAGGCCCGCGCCGCCCCCAGGAGCCGGCCCCGCACUCAGCUGAUCGGACUGACAUAGGUCCCAGUCUGACGGACUGACAGACUGAUUUGACUGACGGCGCUGAAAUACAAUUACGGUCGGAACGGAA